GUUGACGUUUGACUUUUUAGUUAUCCUUUCAUUCAGUUCUUCUGUUUAUUCAAGGCAAUAUGAAGUAACAUUAAGUAAAAAGGUAAUAAGAUGUGACUGUAGUUCAAGGAGGUUCACAUUUAUAUCGACAGAUUGUCCAUCAAACACAACAGAUUUACUUCUGAUGAAAAAUAACCUAAACGGUCUAGGUAAGGCAAUAUUUACUAAAUAUACACAGCUUAUAUAUAUUGAUAUGAGCAGUUGUAAUAUAAGUGCAAUUGAUAAAUCAGCUUUUGAAAAAUUGACACAUUUAACCGAACUGAAUUUAUUCGAUAAUCCAAUGAAAACGUUUCAAGGGAAUAUAUUUGCACCACUAGAUGAACUAAAAGUACUUCAUAUAUCACAUGAUUUGCUAUCAACGUAUCCAAGAGAUUCGUGGUCGGAUGUUUCAAAUUUAACAAAGGUGUUUACUUAUGGUGGACCGUCAAAUGGAUCAUUCGCAGAAAUAUUUUCUGUUAUGCAAAAUCUAAAGUUCUUCAACAGUGAUUAUAAACAUAAUAUGUUACAUAACUGUACGUUUAGCGCAUUUAAAAGUACACCGUUGGAAUAUUUAAGUAUAGUGGGCAGAUUAUGGGCGAUAGCAAUACAUGCUUUUUCACCUUUAAGAGUUCUUUCUAGUCUAAUUAUUCCAAAUCAAGAUUAUCUUAUACUAUCAAAUACAUUACCAGCUUUGCACGUGUUUGAAAAUCGACAAAUGGAUGAAUUGGAUUUGAGCAAUAAUUUUAGACAUUACGGGGAAUAUGUUAUAACAACCGAUCUACUUGCAUUUAUCGGUAAUAUAUGCGUAAGGAAAAUAUCUUUAACUGGUAAUGGUAUAAGGCUGAUAGAUGCAGCCGCCCUUCAGAAGAUGAAAUACAAACAUUGUCUUGAGAAUUUAAAUCUUAAUAAUAAUGACUUCGAUUAUCAUCAGGCUUGGUUGAUAGUGGAUUUCAAUUUGUUUACAAAUCUCAGAAGAAUAGACUUUUCGUCUAUAAAUGGACGAUUCACUAACAAUAUACCAAUACAAAAGAGAUAUAGUAAACGAUGUACACUUGACCAUCUAGACAAAAGUUUAGUUCCCAUACAAACAUGCAACAUGGAAGAUAUCGUGAUACGAUUUCCGUCUUCGCUUGAAUUCAUCAACGCAUCUUUAAUUCACAGCCAUACCAGUUCAAUAAAUAGCAUCACGUUUAAGGGUAUAAAAACACUAAAAAUGUUUGAUUUAACAUACUCUUCAUUUUACGACUGCAAUUAUUAUUUUCACGGAUUGCAGAACGUGAGAGUUCUAAAUAUGUCACACUUCAAAUGUAGUGUUUUAAAUCCUGAAUUUCUUCGUUCGGGUUUAAAUUUGGAACAGUUGAUAAUGCAAAGUUCUUCACUAAGUAUUGGUCUAAAAGAUGACCAUCACAGUAUAUUCCUCCAUGGACUCAAACGUUUGCAGUAUAUAGACUUUUCAAGAAAUGCAUUUGAAGACCGAUUCAGAAUUUCAACAUUUAAAAGUCAAUUAGACAGUUUGCAAUCUUUGAUACUUGAAGGAAAUUUAUUCACAAGUAUUCCCUUAAAUCUCAAUUACUUUAACCGACUUAGUCUCCUUAACCUGAGAAACAACAAGAUGGCUUAUUUGACUACACAGGAAAUUGACGCCCUUGAAGUGCUAUUUGAAAAAUCAAAUAGAACUAUGACAGUCUUAUUAGAAGGAAACCCUCUUGUCUGUAGUUUUGCUUCGUUAGAUUUUGUAGAAUGGUUAUUUACUACUAAAGUGAAAUUUGACACAAUGGUAGUUAUUCGUGUGUCGAAAACGAUGGCAAUAUUACACCAACAAAUGCAGUUUACAAUCACUUGCGAAUUAUGAGAAUCAGAUGUAUUACGACAGUAUGGGUUAUUUUCUCUGCAUCAUUGUUCGGUGUGCUUCUUUUAUUCAUUCUAGGUGGAUAUCGUUACAAAUUGCACCUACAAUACUUUUGUUUAUUAUCGGAAUCUCCAAUCCUCUUUUCCGGAAGUCAAAAGAAGAAGAACUUGAAUAUGAUGCAUAUGUAGCUUAUUGCGAUGGCGACUAUAAAUAGGUAUAUGGACCUUUGCGCUUAUUCCUUGAAGAGAAACGAAAUUAUAAACUUCUUUUGUCAGAUAGAGGAGAUGGAGACGUACGGAGUAGUCAAAAUAGGCUGGCCAUAUGUAAUUCCAUUUCAAAAUGCAAAAAGAUAAUCUUAGUGAUUUCAAAUGAGUUUGUGAACAAUGAAUGGGCAAACUAUGAAGCUACUAUUGGAAUUGAGCAUUUUGUUGGGUUGCAAGCAAAAAUAAUUGUCAUAAACUUAGAACGUACAAUCAAAACAGAAAUACCAAAAUGUGUAUUGCAAAUGAUGUCUCUAAAUGCCAAUGACCACAUUCGUAAAACAGACACAUUAAAUGAAAACAACAUUUUCUGGAAAUGUUUGGAUAAAGCCAUGAAAAGAUAAAAGUAUAAAUGUUAAAUGAUUAAAUUAUGAUAUCAAACAA